CUGUUUUUUCACCCAACGCCGCUCGGAGGUGAAAUGUACGGGUUCGUGAGGGUUCGGUUUUGCACCGGAACUCAAGCGACGCUUUCUGAGAUGCGACUUUAGUUCUGAGAAUGUGGAAAUUGAGCAUUUUAUUUAGCGCUGUAGGAUUUAUUUUUUUUCCCGGCCGAGGGAGCGGAGUGUAGGCCUUAAUGCUAGCGUGCUAGCAGAGUUAGCUAACAACGCUCAGAGCGCUAGUAUAUAAUAUCAUCUUCUUUUAUUUUUAUUUUAGUCAAAUAAGAUUAAAAGACGGAGCGCUGAUGAAGUUAAAUGAGAGUAAUAGCAUGGAUCCAGACGGUGGGGCGGACACCCAGCGAACUCUCAGCCUGCAAUGGAAGAGCUACAAACUGGUACAGGACCCGGCCAUCCGCAGGGUCGCUCAGAAGAUCUACAGAUACGACGGGAUUCACUUCAGCGUCCCGGACUCAGGGUUUCCUCCUGUGGGGGAGUUACGUGACCCCCGACCUCGGCGGAUCUGGUCCAGACACACGGAGAUGUCACUUCCUUUGCCCAAAUUUAAGUUGGACGAGUACUACGUGGGCCCCAUCCCGCUGAAGGAGGUGACGUUCGCUCGGCUGAAUGACAACAUCAAAGAGCCCUUCCUUUUAGAGAUGUGCACGAAGUUCGGCGAGGUGGAGGAAAUGGAGAUCCUGUUCCACCCCAAGACCCGCAAGCACUUGGGCUUGGCGCGCGUCCUGUUCACCAGCACCAGAGGGGCCAAAGACACAGUCAAGCACCUGCACAACACCUCCAUCAUGGGCAACAUCGUCCACGCACAGCUCGACAUCAAAGGCCAGCAGAGGAUGAAGUAUUACGACCUGAUCGUUAGCGGAUCGUACACCCCUCAGACCGUACCCACAGGAGGAAAAGCCUUGAGCGAGAAGUUUCAGCCCCCAGCUCCGGCGCAGCCCGACACCUCGUCUGAUAUCAGGAGGAAGCUCUCUACCGAUCAGAUGCCGGUUCCUCCGCUCGGCAGCACCACCCCGUGCUCGGUGGACACCGGAUUUGGGGAGCAGCGCCUGGACACACCGCCGUCCUCCCUCGGGGGGCCGUACACCCCCGGCUCCUCGUGCUCCUCGCAGGGAGGCGGAACUCCGUACACGUCGCGCUCCGGAACGCCCUUUUCCCAGGAUUCGGGGUACUCUGGGGGCAGGCACGGGGCUUACAGCGGCGGUCCCGUGGGCGGAGGCUUCCCCGCGCAGGACAUGCUCCCUUCGUCCUCCUGCUCUUCGUCCGCUGUGUCGUCCUCGUCCGGGUUCAAGGCUCGCUAUUACGACGAGCCUCACGGAGUUCCUCCUCAAGACCCCGCGGCGUACCACCGAGGUCGUCCCGGGUUCCCUCCCCCUCCUCCUCCUCCCGUUCCCUGUUACCCCCCGUAUCACAACGCCGGCACCGCUGGGAUGCACAUGCCCCCUCACAUGCCCCCCUCGGGCUCCCUGUACGAGUCUCCGCCGGUGGCCGAGCGAGAACGGGACAGGGAGCGAGAGCGGGGCCUCAGAGACCGAGAUAGGGAGCGUGACAGAGACGCCGGGGGGCGCUACGGAGCGUCUCGCCGCUCUUCUUACCACCACCUACAGGACGUAAACUCUUCAUCCAAGUCCUACCAUUCGCACCACUCGCACCGGGAGGAGCGGGACGGCAGGUCGUACCGCAGGGACAGCUCGGUGUCCAGGGAGCACGGAAGGCACCGGAACCACCACCACUCGCACAACCACCACGGGCGCAGGAGGGACAGCAGGGACCGGGACGGGGAUUACGCAAAUAGCUCUGACCCGCGAUACAGAGGCCACUCAAACUCCAGCAGCCAUCGCUCCUCCAACAGCGCGUCUCCUCCGCCCGCCUCCGCCUCGUACGGAGGAUACAAUCUGUCUAAAGAGCUGCCGACCCACGACACCCCGUCUUCGUCCCGCCUGGAGCCGUCGCCCUCCUUCAGGUCCGGAGAGAGAGCGAGCGGAAGCGGGGAUAAUGACUAUCGAUCCCACCACGCGCCGCUACACCCUCCGCCGCCUCCUCCGCCUCCUCCUCUCCCUCCUGCCUCUGUCAUUGCGGCGGCGGUGGCCGAAACUCUAAGCUCGCUAGACUUCGGGCAGGAGAGCCCGGUCCGAGAGGAGCAAUGGAGCAAACCCAAACGACGCCCCAGCACCCCGCCGCAGCCCCCGCGCACCCCUCCGCCCUCCUCUUCCCCGCCCCACGCCUCCGUUCCUUCAUCAUCCACGUCACCAUCCUCCACCUCUCUGCCUCACCACCACCCCUCCUCCACGGCAUCCCUCUCCCCGCCCCACGCGCCGCGAGACUCCUCCUCCCCGGAGCCGGACUCCACCAAUGAGAGCCUCCCGUUCGUUCACCACUGCAGCAGUUUGGACUCUCGCAUCGAGAUGCUCUUAAAGGAGCAGAAAUCCAAGUUCUCCUUCCUCGACUCCGACGAGGACGAAGAUGAGGACAAGAAGGACGAAGGCGUGCGGGGAGGCUCGAGGAAGCCGAGAGAAGAGAGUGGGGACAGAGAGACGGACGGCGGGCAGCAGAGGAGAGCGGACAGGAGGAGCAGGGCGAGAAAGCAGACAGCACCACCGGGAGGAGGAGAAGAUGGAAAGAAAAGCCCUACGGACACGUCCUCCUCCAUCGCCGCCUCCGUCUCGGGGUCGCUGUCGGAGACGCCGCAAGGACAGCAGGUCCUCGUACAGGAGGAGCACGUGGCGUCCAACACGCAGAAGGUCACAGGUGCACACACGCCACCCACCUACAAUGGAGAACGACAGCCGUCCCCUCACUCCUCUGGAGAAGACAUGGAAAUCUCCGACGAAGACGACGGCGGUGGGGGCGGCGGCGGUAGCAUCGCUACGGUGACGCAGCACCACGCCUCGUCGUCAUCCUCCCCUGCCCCGUCGUCUCAGUCGGCCCUGCCCUCUCAGAACGCCGACCCCUCGUCCGGCUCGCCCCCGGACAGCACGCAGCACUUCGGCACCUCCAUGCCGCUCCCUCACAUGGCCUCCUACCCUCCCCACCUGCCCCCUCCUCCCCCGCCUGGCUUUUCUCUCCAGCCCCCACCUCCUCCUCCCCCAGGCGUUCCCCCUCCCCUGCCUCACAUGGAGCUCCACCCGGAGUACCCCAUGCCCCCCCACCUGUAUGACUACGCCAGCUCCGUGGAGCUGAUGAGCCAGUACGCCGGCACGUCCUUCCAGAUGCAGGCGCACAUGCUCAGCCGUCUGCACCAGCUGCGGGAAAAGCACACGCCCGGCUCAGAGUACCCGCCCUCUUACCAUCUCCACUCUCUGCCCCCUCCCCCGCACGCGCCGCACACCCACCACCCCUACAUGGACCAAGACGGAUCUGGAGGGAACCACUACGACCAGGACCACCGCUACAUGCCUCCUCACAUGCCUUCCUACCCGUACCCGGACCCUCAGCUGCCCCCUCACCACCCCCACGCCAUGCCUCCGCCCCCUCACUCCCCGUGGCCUCCCCACGUCCUGCCCCAGCACUACCCCUCGCACUACCCACCCCCGAAUUACGGCGCCGUGCCGGGCGUAGACGGCGAGCAGUACCCCAUGCCCAUGAUGGGUCAGAACCCUCACGAGGCCACGGUGCAGCUGGUUCUCUCCGCGCUCAUCGACGAGAUGAAGAACAUCAUGCAGAGGGACCUGAACCGCAAGAUGGUGGAGAACGUCGCCUUCGGAACCUUCGACGAGUGGUGGGAACGUAAAGAGAGGAAGGCCAAGCCGUUCCAGACGGCGAUGAGGGGCGUGUCGGCGGUGCGGGACGAGGAGAAGAAGGAAGAGAAGACGAGCAGCCGGCCACGCGAGCCGUUAAUGUCUCUGGUGGACUGGGCCAAGAGCGGCGGCAUGGAAGGGUUCUCUCUGCGCGGGGCUCUGCGUCUGCCUUCCUUCAAGGUGAAAAGGAAAGAGCCUCAGGAGCUGGCAGAGGAUGUGUCCCUGAAACGAGUCAGACCUUCGACUCCGCCAGACGAGGAGGAUGAAGACUCGUACCAGAGUAAGGUGUCGGACAGCACUGGCCGGCCGGAGGAGACCCGAACAGCCGAGAGAGAUGCGGUGCAGAGGAGGAAAAGACCCAAACCGCGUAAACCUUACGACCUGGACAGCGAAGGAGAGGAGACGUCCGACGAGUCAUCUUCUGAAAAGGACGAGGAUGAAGACGACAGCGAGAAAGAGUCCGAGGACGAAGCCCUCAGCGCGGACAGCGACGACGAGAGCCUCUCCUCUUCGUCCGAAAGCUUGUCGUCGUCCUCUUCCUCCUCCUCCUCCUCGUCGUCGUCGUCGUCCUCAGAUGAGGAGGAUGAAGAGGAGCUGGAGCAGGCGGACGAGAGCGAGGCCCUGGACACCAUGGACGAGUCGACGAUGGACAGCGUUGCCAUGGAGAAGGAAAAGACGAGCGUCAGAGAGUCGCAUGCGGCGGCUACUGCGGAGAUCAGACAAGAAGACAAGAUGGCCCCUGCUGUGUCUGUAGAUCACCGGCCGCCGUCUCCUUGUCCUCGCCCGUCCUCUCCCAUCCUGCCUCCUCUGAAGAAGCGCCGCAAGACCGUGUCCUUCUCCACGGAGGAGAGCGAAUCCAAACCCCCCAUCCACGUCCCCGCAGCACCUCCGUCUCCCUCCUCCGCCGCUUCUCCGUCCCUCCUGCUCUCUCCGGUCAAAUCACAACCACCGGAGCAGCUCGUUUCAUCGUCGGCCUCUGCCCUCGCGCCGACCACGCCCUCCAAACCUGCCCCCAUGCUCCGCCCUUUCGCAUCACGCCCGACCAAAGCCACACCCCCUUCGGCCUCGCCCACCUCAGUUCUUACAGUCCCUCCUCCUGUGCGCUCACUGCGUCCGGAGGAACCCAGGAAACGUUCUCCGUCCCCGCAGAUGACGACGACCCCCACCAAAUCUCCUUCCAGACGUGGCAAGGAAUCUCCCAGAACCCCUCCCACUCCCGUCUGUCUCACGGUCCAGAACCUUCCGCUGGACCACGCCUCUCUAGUCCGGGUGGCCUACGAAGAGCCCGCCCCCAUCCCAGCCACGCCCAAUCAGAAAGGGCGUCCUCGCGGCAGGCCUCGAACUGUCAACCUGUCAGCUCCGUCUGCGCCCUCACUGCUGGAGGAGGAUGAGUACGACGAGUACGACGAAGAGGAGCUUCUGGAGCAGAGACUGAAGCUCAGGGAGCAGCUCGGCGCGUCCAGUUUGCUGCAGCUAGCUUCCGCGUCUACGCCUGACCUCUCCGUGCUGGCCCACGUGGCAGCCGAGAUGGACGAAGACGUCGACUCGGAGGAGACCGAGACGUCAGACGAAGCCGAAGAGCACAAACUGGAGGAGGACGAAGAAGCACGGCUUUUCCCGUUGGACCCGGCCGGAAUUCUCGUCUUCCAGGAGCACAAUUACUCCAAACCCUCCGCCUUCCUUCUUCCUCCGCUGUCACCCGCGUCCUCCGCUGGACAGAAGCGGACCAAACAGGACGCCGCGGUGUUGCUCCCCACAGACUUCCACCAGCACUGUGUCCAGGAGGCUCCGGAGGAGGUCAUCGGAGAUGCUCAGACGGACACGCCCGUGCUCUACAGCCUGGGGCUGGUCGGGGACGAGGCCGGAGAUUCGACCGAGGCGCAGGCGCUCAAACGCAGGGGCUCGUUCAAGAAGGAGGAAUCCCUGGAGAAAGGGAAGAGUAAAAAGAGGACUCGGAAAGACAAGGAGAACGUGGAGCUGCAGCCGGCUAAACGGCAGAAGCAGGAACACGGCAGGAAGCAGAGGAAGGGGAAGUUAGAGGACUUCACCCCGGAGGAGGACGUGGACGUGGAGCAGCUGGAGACGGCCGACCUGUCCAGCUCCAGCUCCGAUACGGCUGACUCAGACUUCGGCGCGGACGAGCGCCUCGGGUUCGAGCGCGAGGAGGUGAGGAAAAGCGAGCGUCUCUUCCUGCAGGAAGCCGGACUCACGCCGUCCACCCAGAGGAAGCCGAGCCUGGCCCCGCCCACUCUCCCGGCAGCCAUGCUGUGCUCGUACAAGCUUCGCAGCGAGUUCGAACAGAUGACCAUCCUGUACGACAUCUGGAACACCGGGCUGGACCAGGAGGACAUGCGUCUGCUGAAGGUCACGUACGAGAAGCUGCUGCAGGACGACCACAGCACGGACUGGCUCAACGACACGCACUGGGUCCCUCACACUAUCACUAACAUCCCGAACCCGCGGCGUAAGAAGAAGGCAGUGGACGGGCAGCUUAGGGAGCACGUGACGGGAUGCGCCCGCAGCGAGGGUUACUACGCCAUCAGCCGCAAAGAGAAGGACGUGUACCUGGACCUGGACCUCCCCGAGGCCGUGCAGGAAGCCAUGGACUACGACGUGGUGGGUUCGAACCGUGUGCUGUCGGAGAGGCGCUCGGAGCAGAGGCGUCUCCUCAGCGCUAUCGGCACGCCCGCCGUCAUGGACUCGGACCUACUCAAACUCAACCAGCUCAAGUUCCGUAAGAAGAAACUGCGCUUCGGUCGCAGCCGCAUCCACGAGUGGGGUCUGUUCGCCAUGGAGCCCAUCGCCGCAGACGAGAUGGUCAUCGAGUACGUGGGUCAGAACAUCAGACAGAUGGUGGCUGAUAACCGGGAGAAGCGCUACGCUCAGGAGGGCAUCGGGAGCAGCUACCUGUUCCGCGUCGAUCACGACACCAUCAUCGACGCCACCAAAUGUGGAAACCUGGCUCGCUUCAUCAACCACUGCUGCACUCCGAACUGCUACGCGAAGGUGAUCACCAUCGAGUCCCAGAAGAAGAUCGUCAUUUACUCCAAGCAGCCCAUCGCCGUGAACGAGGAAAUCACGUACGACUACAAGUUUCCCAUCGAAGAGAACAAAAUCCCCUGUUUGUGCGGAACGGAGAACUGUCGAGGAACCCUCAACUAAAGCCCCGCCCCCUCCUCCCCCCUCCUCCACUGCAGGACAGGCACACAGCAUUAUGGGUAACGUGUCUCGGGAGUAAACACCACAGCGUGAAUGUUUUCAUUUUAUAUAGUUAAUUGACAUGACACGCCCACAGUGUGUCUCCAUAGCAACGGCGUUUCCUACGAUUUUUUUCCCCCUCCCUGAGCUCUGAUUGGUGGACUCCGAUCAUAUUUAAACGUUUUUUUUUUUUUUUUUUUUUUAAGCAACGAUCUGUUUUUCCAGUAUUGUAAUUUUUCUAAUGCGCACAAUCCUCCUUCCUCGUGACUCGUGCAAAAAUAUUGGCACCCUCAACCGAUUCAGAACAAUGUGGCGCUUCUUUUCAAUCCAGGCAGGAAGACACUCCAUCAUUAUUAUUAUUAUUAUUAUUAUUAUUAUUAUUAUUAUAUAGACUUAUUUGUCUCCCAGUCCUGGCCGCUUUUAAAUAAUUGCAGACAAUAAACUAAGCUGUGAAAGGAACGUUCCUGUAGCUACAGUGUUUCAUCCAGGUCCUGUGGUUAACAUUUAACGUCACACACGACACAUUCCUCAAUCGUAGCGCGUUAAACUCCGUCUCGCAGUUUAUUUAACACACAUACAUUUUUGUCUGCACUGUAAAACAAACUCACCGUCUCUUCCUGCGUCUGUCUGCAUUUUUAUGUUAUUUCCCUAAACUUCGUGUAUAUCUCAGCUUAGUUCGGUUUAACGCCAUUUUAUGUUUUUCCCCCUCAAAGUGACCGUAGCUAAUCGCACAGCUCGGCAUUGUGCCCUUAUCGUAGCUAAUGCUAGCUAGUAAACCGUAUCGCAUCUUCAGCUAGCUGCUACCUCUAGCUAGCUAAUAAUCAAAAACGACCAUCAAAGUUACUUAAACCAGUAAAUGUUUCAGUCUGCCGCAUGACGUGACGUGCAAUGUGUAAAUAUUUAAGGCGGUGGAAUCCGCUGCUCGCUAACGAACUUUACUGCAGUCUGGGGGAAAAGAAAAGGUUCUCUUUGUAUUCCGAGACUACAAAAGAAUGUAAUAAUAAUAAUAAUAAUAAUGGAGUGUUUCUGGAUGGUGGUUUUCAUCCUCACAUGGUUUAUCAUAUCAGCAUUUCAGAACUUUUUACGUCACUUCGGUCCUGCAGAUUGAAACUCCUCCCACUUUUUUUUUUCCCCCACAACACGGCACUCAGCGACUUCGACUUCUUCGUAAGGACACCAUGUUAAUGUGUGUGUGUGUGUGUGUGUGUGUGUGUGUGUGUAUAUAUAUAAAUAUCAGUACAGACUUGCGCAUUAAAAACGAAAAAAGCGAAAAAAAGGUCAACAGUUGAAGUGUGUAAAUAUUGUAGAGGUGUUUGUUUCUCGUAGAAACGCACUGGUUCCGCUCUGUAAAUAUGUUCUUCCUUUUCCUACUUUCCCCAUCGCCACAAAAGAAAUUGUACAUAACGUUCACUUAUCUUAUUUGUUUUUUGUUUUUGUUUUUUUUAUUUGAUGUAUUUUAAUAUUAUUUGCAAUAUUUCUCUUGUAUUAAUGCGUUGGAUCCUUUAUUAAUGGUGCAUUAAAAUAUUUUUUAGAAAAACUGAAA